AUGGAGAUGUCUCUACCGAAUGGUGUAGAUGUAUCGCAGUUGGUGCAACAUCCAGUGCUUGCCGCGCUGCCGCCCUUCUUCCUGAGAGCUUCUGAACGAUAUCAGAGGACACCGAAAUGCGCUCGGUGUCGCAACCAUGGCGUGGUGUCGGCGCUGAAGGGCCACAAGCGGUACUGCCGCUGGAGGGAUUGCGUCUGCGCCAAGUGCACGCUCAUCGCAGAGAGACAGCGCGUUAUGGCUGCACAGGUCGCACUGAGGAGGCAGCAAGCUCAAGAAGAGAAUGAGGCUCGGGAAUUGAACUUGCUGUACGGUGGCCAGCCGUCGGCGGUGCCGCAUCACUACCCUGACCUGCCUGAUGAUGCACCAGUUCAAAAGCGGGCGCGCAUCGCCGAAGUAUGCUCCAGCCCCUCGACGCCAACGGAAACCUCCCAAGACCCAAAGACACCAAACCCCACGCCCCCACUGACCACACCGCCAUCGCGUUCGCCCUCCGACCAUGAGCUAAACGUUGAAGAGGAACUUGAGGAACAAUCGGAAACCUCGCUCACGCCAGAAAACUUGUCGAUGAAAGAGAGAAACGACGAUAUGUCCGUGAAAAAAGAGGACGACGACAAAUGGGAGAGUCCAGACUUCAAAUACAAGUAUAGGCAAAGGAAAGCCGACAGCGUCCCCGAGGCGGUGUCCGAAGAUCCCGCACCCUUUCAAAAAUCCCCGGUUGAUGUUCUCAUCAAAGUGUUCCCCAGACGCAGUAGACAGGAGAUAGAGGCGAUCCUCGCGCGAUGCAAGGGAGAUGUGGUCGCCGCGAUGGAAAUGAUGGUGAACGGUGCUGACAACUCAUAUAUGACUCCAGAGACUCCAUACCUCCAGAACUAUCAGUCCAAAUCCGCCUUCUCCCCCCUCUCGAACCAAAACUUCAAGUUUUCCCCCUCGAGGCGGUUUUUGACGCCGCCGUACAGCGGGACAGGUUACUUGCCGACAGUGAUUCGUCCACCGCCGGAGUACUUGUCCUCGUUCCUGCCACCCUCGGAGAUGAUGUACGGUAGACAGCUGCAGGUUCCGUCCCCUGGGACCUCGCCUACAUCCGACAAUACCAACAAUGAAGGCUUCUCUGAUUAG